AUGUUGUAUCACUCUUUUACAGCGUGCAUCUUCUCGAAAAAAGUAUACAUUCUUGUACAAUGGUUAGGUUGGGUCAAUGAUAAUAUAAUUCAAGUUACCACAUCUUACAUUGUCCCGAUUGGCAUGGGUAUUGUAACUUUUGCAUGCAUGUAUGAAACGCUGCUCUUCCUAGAUGCCGCCCACCACAAAAAUAAUAUCCUACUUGCUGCUAUUUGUGUUAGCAAUGUCUGUGUUUUUGUGUAUUCUGUCUUACAGUGUAUGAAGAUGCGUGAAACUACUCAUACGCUGCAGUUUAACUAUGAUAUCGUGGGUCGCCCUCUUGCAGAUCCUACAAGAGAUAUUUGGAUUUCGAUGCAACCAGCUGAAAUUUUGAUUCCACUUGUUCUGGGCCUCGCUUCUCUCACCAUCAUACCUAUUGCCUACAGGCUACAUAAGGACUACGCCUGGGCCAUCUAUAAAUCUAUCUAUGGUAGCGCAGAUCUCAGAUUGCGGUUUGACUUUUUCUUCCUAGUUGGUUUGGCUAUCCAAUAUAACUUGAUCGACGUCCAUUUCCAAGAACCGGAGUACUCUCUUACUAUGGCUAUUAUUCCGGCCACGAUCUUGAUUAUGUUCUUUGGAACUUACUGUGUGAAGUCAGAGCUGAGACUCGGCAUGGGUAUUGUCGUUGUAAGUUUCCCUCCUCGGAUUAAUGGCCACCUUCUUAGUCGGAUUAUCAUUUUAUGUGGAAACGCCCAACGCGCCAACACUCCAGGCAAGGAGAUGAUGUUGCUUUUCGCUGUGGUGACCCUGGCGCUUAUCGUGACAACUCUCGUGUGCACUAUUCAAUGCACCAGGAACUUUGGCAGCGGGCUGAAAAAUGUCAUUCACCAGGAGACUCAAUGGCCGAGAAAUUCUUACGUCUUUGAACGACUGUCCAGUCAUGGUAAUUCUUCGGCUGAUACUCGAUAUGAUACACGCUAUAGCCCCCGACUCUCACUUGAUUAG